CACACCCAAAGCGCCUGCUUAACAUUAAACUCUACUAUGGAAUUCCAUCCAAUGUAACAUACGUUCAGUCAAAGGAAUCCUAUCUCUUACACUUUCACAAUGUCUUUCCACCAAACUGCCUGUGACAUUCACCUAACCCCCGAGCAUGGACGGAGGAGAACUUCCCUAGUCGCUAUAUGCAAUAACGAAGAAGGAUCGGGUCUAACCAGCGACAUCUACCUCGAUGACUUCCUUGGUAAUGACAACGGGCAUUUCGUUUGGGGUGGAAAGAACGUUACGCAAACGAGUCGUAAUCUUGAGAUUUCGAGAGAAGGGCCGUCUCGACUGCCCGUACUUCAUGGCGAUCUUCUAAAUAGUUCGGGGGAUUAUGUAUCAGAUCAUUGCUAUCUGGAUGAGCAUAUUUUCAACAUCAAUGGCGAGCUUUUAUUCAAACCGGAUGAAGGGAGGGAAUGGUAAUGGCCUCAAGUCCAAAGAGGAUUGUGGGAAUUGGUUGGCAAAGUCCAAUUUCUUGAUUGAGUUUUUGUUCUUCACGAUGUUCUAGAUUGGUAUAGGGAUGGUAAUACCCUCCUAGCUGACGUAUAAUGAUGGUUGCAGGUGCAGAUUUCACCAAAAGGAAAGGAGAAUCAAUGAAUUAAUAUAAGCC